AUGUCUGCCUCGCUGCCCGUCUACCCAUUCCUGCCCAGCCCCUACAGCGGGCCCCCCUACGACGCCCCCUACGCCCCCUUCGACCCCUUCCACCCCGUAGACAUCGACAAGAGCCGUACGUCCCCCCGCCCCCGGAGUGCAGUUGCUCACCCCACACCAGCCAUCAACUAUCCCUUCCACCAGCCCUCCCCGGGCUCGUACCAGCAGGGCGGACAGUGCCAGCUCCCGUACCCGAACCUGGUACCCCCCAACUUUGGUUCCAGCGGUGGUGGUCGUUACUCGCCUACCGGAUCGGCCGCGCCGACAUCCGGGACCCAGAAUGACCCGACGUCGUUUUUGGACCUCGACCUGUCCCAGCCUGGGCCAUCCACGUAUCGCUACCCGUACCCUCCUGCAGCACAGGCGCAGGGUCAGAGGCAGUUCACGUCUUCUCCGACAUCAUCGGCAUCGCUGGUGAAUGUCAAGGUGGAGGAUCCUCUCUCGACGUGUCCUGGGUCACUUGCUGGGUCUGAUAUCCAGGACGGCUUGGGUGGAGAUGCGGAGGGAGAGGAAGAGGAGGGCGAAGGCGGUGAGAUGGACAAUGAGGAGCCGCUGUAUGUGAAUGCCAAGCAAUACCAUCGCAUCCUCAAGAGGCGUAUGGCGAGGGCGAGGUUGGAAGAGCUCAACAGGCUGGUACGAUCGCGCAAGCCAUAUCUUCACGAGUCUCGCCAUCGCCACGCAUGCUCGCGACCUCGCGGAAAGGGCGGCCGAUUCCUGACGGCAGAAGAGAUCGAGCAGCUAAAGAAGGACGAGGCCGCCAAGCCCAAGGAGGUUGUAGCUUGA